AUGCCCGGCCAAAGUCAGAGCAACGUCAAGGCAAAGCGGAAAUCCAAACCCCGGCCUAGGCCUUUGCCACCAAAUGUCACGGCCCGAAACCUGGCCCUCGAAAAGAAGAAGCGGGGGGAGAUGAACGAGCAGUUCCUGGCCAUGGCGCGCUUGGUGCCCGCCCUCGCCCACGCCCACAAGCUGAACAAGGUGCUCAUUGUCAACGAGACAGUGCAGCAUCUUCGCGAUCAGCGUGCCAUGUGCAUCACAGCGGCGCGCGACGUGCAGAGCACCCUCAGUGAGAACCGCCUGCUGAGAGCGGAGCUGGAUGCCUUGUGUCGCGAGACGGGUCGCCAGCCUCCAGCAGCCUGCCUGCAGGAUCCGCCCACAUCAGAUGCUCUGAGCGAGCUUUUGAGCGUGGAGAUGCAACCUCUGGGAACAUUCUCUGCAGGCUUCGGUGAGAGUACACAGGUUGUGGAUGACAGUGUGCCACAGUCGCAAGUUCCAGCUGUCGCAGAUUUCUCGGCCUUGCAAGGCUCACAGGGGCUUUCAAUGUCUUCGCCCCAUGACAUGGCGAUUCCUUCCUGGAACGGUGCGGAGUUUGACUCAAUGUUGCCAACGUUGACGUUGGAGGCUGGGUUGCCUCUAGCACUGCCUACGAGUGGCAUGCCCGAAUUGCCCUUCUUCAUCGAUCCCGACGACCAAGUUCUGCCGAUGGAUGGUUUCGACUUGACACCUUUCAUGUAG